UUUCCCAGCUACAACAAGCCCACUCCCGCCCCCCUCGCGCGCCGCCACCAAAACCCGAGCAAACGCCUCCGCCUCCGCCUCCAAUUCGAUAGGGUUUUUGGCCCUCCUGCCUCCACCGCUCCGCCGGCGCCGGCCGAUUGGAUCAAGGAGGGAGGGGGCGGCCGCAUCCAGGACGGGGAGGGAUGGCGCAGUCGCUCGAGCUCUUGCUGAUCCAGUUCUUGAUGCCCGACAACGACGCGCGGCGUCAGGCGGAGGAGCAGAUCCGGCGGCUGGCGCGGGACCCGCAGGUGGUGCCGGCGCUCGUCCACCACCUCCGCACCGCCAAGACCCCCAACGUCCGGCAGCUCGCGGCGGUGCUCCUCCGCAAGAAGAUCACCACCCACUGGCCGAAGCUUCCACCGCACGCCAAGGCCUCGCUCAAGCAAGCCCUCAUCGACUCCAUCACUAUCGACCACAGUCAUCUUGUAAGACGAGCUAGCGCAAACGUUGUAAGUAUUAUAGCUAAGUACGCUGUCCCUGCAGGAGAAUGGCCUGAGUUGUUACCUUUCAUUUUCCAAUGCAGCCAAAGUCCACAGGAAGAUCAUACAGAAGUAGCUUUGAUUCUGUUCAGCUCCCUUACUGAAACUAUCGGAACUACUUUUCAAUCUCAUCUGAAUGAUUUGCAACCUAUUUUACUGAAAUGCCUGCAAGAUGAGGGUAGCUCUCGGGUCAGAAUUGCUGCACUAAAGGCUGUUGGAUCUUUCAUAGAGUACGUUAAUGAUGGGAAUGACGUCGUAAAAAUGUUUCGGGACUUUGUUCCCAGUAUCUUGAAUGUAUCAAGACACUGUCUUUCUAAUGGAGAGGAAGAUGUUGCCUCCAUCGCUUUUGAAAUAUUUGAUGAGCUAAUUGAAUCCCCUGCCCCACUUCUUGGGGACUCGGUGAGAUCAAUCGUCCAAUUUUCACUUGAAGUUUGCUCAAACCAAGAACUGGAAAUAAAUAUUAGGCAGCAGGCUAUCCAGAUAAUCUCAUGGCUUGCAAAAUUUAAAGCAUCUUUCUUGAAAAAGCACAAGCUGGUAAUACCCAUUCUACAAGUUAUGUGCCCCUUGCUGACAGAAACAGCUGAUGAAGAUGGCGAUUCUGAUCUAGCAGCUGAUCGUUCUGCUGCAGAAGUCAUUGAUACAAUGGCUAUCAAUUUACCCAGACAUGUUUUCCCACCAGUUCUUGAGUUUGCUUCUGUGAGUUUUUGUCAUAUCAAUCCCAAGUAUCGUGAGGCUGCUGUAACAUCACUAGGUGUUGUCUCAGAGGGGUGCUGUGAACAUUUAAAAGAUAAGCUUGAGGAUUGUCUCAAAGUUGUUUUAGAAGCUUUAAAGGACCAAGAACAAAUGGUUAGAGGUGCUGCAUCAUUUGCGCUUGGUCAAUUUGCUGAACACCUGCAGCCGGAAAUAUUAUCUCACUAUGAGAGUGUUCUUCCUUGCAUCUUAAAUGCACUCGAAGACCCAUUAGAUGAAGUGAAGGAGAAAUCAUAUUAUGCGCUGGCAGCAUUCUGUGAGGAUAUGGGUGAAGAUAUCCUACCAUAUCUAGAUCCCCUGAUGUGCAGAUUAGUAAUGUCUUUGCAGGGUAGUGCUCGGAACCUGCAAGAGACAUGCAUGUCUGCAAUUGGCUCUGUCGCAGCUGCUGCAGAGCGGGCUUUUAUGCCAUAUGCAGAAAAGGUUCUAGAGAUGAUGAAAGGCUUUAUGGUGCUCACUAGUGAUGAAGAUUUGUGUGCACGAGCUAGGGCUACUGAGGUUGUUGGGAUAGUGGCAAUGGCAGUUGGCAGAGCAAGAAUGGAAGCGAUUCUGCCUCCUUUUAUUGAGGCUGCUAUUUCUGGUUUUGGAUUGGAUUAUAGUGAGCUUAGAGAAUAUACUCAUGGUUUUUUUAGUAAUGUUGCUGAGAUUUUGGAUGAUAGUUUCACACAGUAUCUUCCUCAUGUUGUACCUCUUGCAUUUUCCUCGUGCAACUUGGAUGAUGGUUCUGCUGUCGACAUAGAUGAUGCUGAUAGUGUUGACAAUGGAUUCAGUGGCGUCUCUUCUGAUGAUGAUGUAGAUGAGCCCAGGGUUCGAAAUAUCAGCGUAAGGACUGGAGUAUUAGAUGAGAAAGCUGCGGCAACUCAGGCUAUUGGUUUUUUUGCCCUCCAUACAAAGAGUGCCUUUGCUCCGUACUUGGAGGAGUCAUUGAAGAUCUUAAUCAGGCACAGCGGAUAUUUUCAUGAAGAUGUCAGGCUCCAGGCAAUUAUUUCUUUAAAACAUAUCCUAACUGCAAUAAGGGCAAUACCUCCUGCACAUGCUGAGGUAUUAGAGAAGCAGAAGGAUAUUCUUGAUACAAUUAUGAACAUUUAUAUCAAGACCAUGAGAGAGGAUGAUGACAAAGAAGUAGUUGCUCAAGCUUGCAUGAGCUUAGCGGACAUUGUGAGGGAUUGUGGUUUCGCUGCAGUUGAACCUUAUAUCACACGACUUGCCGAGGCAACACUUAUUCUUUUGCGUCAAGAAUCAUGUUGUCAGCAAGUAGAGUCAGAUGGUGAAGACGAUGGUGAUAUUGAUCAUGAUGAAGUCUUGAUGGAUGCAGUUUCAGAUCUUUUGCCUGCUUUUGCAAAAGUGAUGGGAUCUUACUUUGAUCCUAUCUUUGCAAAAUUGUUUGAUUCAUUGAUGAAAUUUGCGAAAUCUCCCCAUCCUCCUCAAGAUAAAACUAUGGUUGUUGCGACUUUAGCUGAGGUUGCUCAGGGAAUGGGAGCUCCAAUUUCUGCUUAUGUCGACAAGAUAAUGCCCUUGGUAUUGAAAGAGCUUGCAUCAUCUGAGGCGACGAAUAGGAGAAAUGCUGCUUUCUGUGUUGGUGAGAUAUGCAAGAAUGGAGGUGCCGCAGCACUAAAGUACUACGGGGAUAUACUCCAUGGUCUGCAUCGUUUGUUUGCUGAUUCUGAACCUGAUGAUGCAGUUAGAGAUAAUGCUGCUGGUGCAAUUGCCAGGAUGAUAAUUGUGCAGCCUCAGUCAAUUCCACUCAACCAGGUACUUCCGGUAUUUAUCAAAGCUUUGCCGCUAAAAGAAGAUCACGAAGAAUCAAUGGUUGUCUAUAGCUGUGUCUGUAAUUUAUUAUUAUCAUCACAUCCUCAGAUCCUACCUCUUGUCCCUGAUGUGAUAAAUGCCUUUGCCCAAGUGGUAGUAUCCCCAAAUGAGAGUGAUGAAGUCAAAACAGUAGUUGCCAAGGCCGUUGCUCAUUUGAUAUCUGUUUAUGGUCCGCAAAUGCAACCUAUAUUGAGUGCUCUACCACCAGCUCAUGCUAAUGCAUUAGCAUCAUUUGCUAACAGGAGGUGAUCAGCAAUCUAUAUUCAGUUUUUUAGCCUACUGGAAUGCUAUGUCAGUGAUUUUUUGCUGCCAAAGAUCAUUUGAUUUGCCAGAUCUUUGUAGAUCUGUCAAGAC